GUACAACUCUAAUCUUCGAGUCCUUCCACGAGGACACUAGAUCUCUAGUAUUCCAGUCUUUUGGGCUAAACCUAUUACUUUGAUCAAUUUACACACCAGUCUUUUGGGCUAAACCUAUUACUUUGAUCAAUUUACACAAAAGAACUGUAAUCUCGAAUUGAGAACUCUCCGUGGGAAACACAGCCUUAAAAAUCAAGGGCACUCUGUCAAUUAUUCUAACGAAAUCUGAAAUCAAUUACAAUACAUGGAAACACUAUACUAUUUCAACGCUUAAAAUGACAUGCUCAACUUGGGGAGGACUGACAAAGGGAUUGAGCCUAAGAGCCGGAUUAAGGAGUCCACACAGGAGCUUGUGCUCGACACUCUGCAAGGCGGAAUUCACAAUGGCCGGCAAAGUAAAAAUAGCAGCUGCUCAAAUGACCUCUAUCAAUGAUCUUAAUGCCAAUUUCCAGACUUGUUCUCGACUAGUACAGGAGGCAGCAGCAGCAGGAGUAAAGUUGCUCAGCCUGCCAGAGAAUUUCUCUUUUGUGGGUUCUAAGGACGGAGAGAGUCUUAGCAUAGCUGAUGCCUUAGAUGGGCCUAUCAUGCAACGUUACUGUUCUCUUGCAAAGGAAUCAGGGAUUUGGCUCUCCCUCGGAGGUUUUCAAGAGAAAGGUCAUGAUGACAAGCAUCUAUUUAACACUCAUGUCUUACUAGAUGGCUUGGGUAAUAUUCGAAGUUGCUAUCGCAAAAUUCACUUGUUUGAUGUUGAUGUUCCUGGUGGUAUGGUUUAUAAAGAAAGCAAUUUUACAUCUCCUGGCUCAGAGUUAGUUGUGGCAGACAGUCCAGUUGGCCGACUUGGUCUUACAGUAUGCUAUGACUUGAGGUUUCCUGAAAUUUAUCAACAGUUACGCUUCCGACAUAAUUCACAGGUAUUGUUAAUUCCUUCAGCGUUUACGAGAGUCACUGGUGAAGCACAUUGGGAGCUUCUUCUCAGAGCUCGAGCAGUUGAAACACAAUGUUAUGUUGUUGCUGCUUCACAAGCUGGAAAGCAUAAUGAAAAAAGGGAAAGCUAUGGUGAUGCCAUGAUUAUUGAUCCAUGGGGAACUGUUGUUGCACGUUGCCAAGGAUUGGUGCAAAGGAAUGAUUACAUGAAAUGAUGAUGAAGGACUCAACAAGAAUGUGAGACAAGAUCAACAUAUUCGCGAAGAUGACAAAGAAGGAUUGCUCUAUGAUGAAGGACCCUACAAGGACAAGAAGUCAAGGUCCAAGCUAAAGACACGGAUGAAGAAAACUUGGAAGGCAAGAUGAUAUGAAGUCAAGAAAUUUGCUAAGAAUGAGAAGACCAAAGGCAUCAAGAAGGAUUCCAAGGAUGAAGAUGGAAGGGCAAAAGAGAUGAUCAAAGAAAGCAAUUUUGAAGUUUUGGAAGAGUUAAUCAAAGUUAGACAGACUUCUUUAUGAUGAUAUAGAAACGGAGUUGAAACCAAUGUUACAAGUCUCAGACUCGGCUCAAACUCGGCAAGCUGAUUUUUGACUCAGACUUGGACUCGGACUCUGCAAAAACUUGGCCAAGACUUGACAAAUUUUAAAACCCAAGAAAUUCAAAGAUUUUUAAGGAUUUAAAACUUGUUUCUUGCAUCCUUUAA